CUGUACAUAAAGAAGUGUAAUAUAUGGAUGAAUUCUCAAAACCUGGACAAUCCUCAUUGAGAUAGUCUUUGUCAUCACACUACUAACUAAAAUAGUUUUUCACGAGUACCCCCAAGCUGAAGAACACUAACUCCUCAGCUUUGUUCAUAACGUGAUGUUCAUCUUGUAAAUUUAGCACAAGGAGCUAUGAAGAGUGACAUUAUUAACAUUGCCUUGGCGUACUUGAUGUUAGCCAUUGUCCAGGUAGGUCAAAACUGUUGCAACUGUACAUGAUAUUUUAUGUUAAUUUUAACCAAAAAAAAGAAACAUGUCAAUGAUAUGGUAUGCCAAUGUAGAAUUUAAUGAAGUGCAAAAAAUACGUUUCAUCUCAUUAUGACGUAAAAAGUUACAAAUUAUUUUACGAAACAUGCAUCCAUGUAUCGGGCUAGCCUCACCUCUUCCUUCCACUCAGACUCAACUGAUGCUUUUCUUUGCUAUUCUUGGAUACCCAUCUUUGUAGAUUUUCUCCACAUCAUCAAGCAAUCUAAGCCUAGGUCUGCCUUUAAGCCGUUUUCCUCUAGGAUUUGGUGAUGUAACCUCUUAACUCGUCUGUCAUUUGGUAUCCGUUCUAAGUGUCCCGCUCAGGGGAGCCUACCUUUUUUCCUUUCUGCUACUAGUGUGGGAUCCUGAUAUAGACUGUACAAUUCAUGGUUAAUUCCUAUUAUCCCUCUUUAUUCAUCCUUUGUUGGUUCAUAUAUUUUCUGCAUAAAUUGUUCUCACUUGUAUUUAAUAGGUUUUCUGCCCUGUAUUAGGGUCACUUAAAUCUAUUGUGAAUAGGUCUAUUCAACAAAAAACAAUACAUUAAUGUAUUGCAAUCGUCCAUAAUACAGUUGCUCAAAUCAAUCUAUGUCAUUUGUCAAUUAUAUGUUAAUCUAAUCCACAUUUUUUUUUAAGUUCUCUCAGGUACUACAUUGACGCUAUGCGUUUACUUUCAUUUCAUAUUGUUUUCACUGUUGCUUCUUAACCGAAAAAGGCUACGUGUUCACACGUUUGUUUUAUAGUUGAAUCAUAAUUUUAAGGUUGUACGAUACUUACUUUCGCUAAUAUCCUUUAAUCUUAUCCAGAAUUUCGUUUAACUUAUGCAAAGUCUUAUAUAAAAAUGUCAGCCAUAAGAUUAACAAUAAAAAAUACACAUCGUUUGAAAUUGCUGUGCUUGGAGACCUUUAUUCUCGCAUUGCAAUUGCUGAGCUUAAUUUUUUCAAAUUCGAUGGAGGAAUUCAAAUUUAAAAUUAUAAUCUACCAAGCGUGCUCACUUUAUCAUUUUUGCCUUUGGUGAGUUCAAGUUCAGCGUAUUGUCUUUUCUUAAUGCCGAACGAAAAUUAUUCCUUUUGAACUUGAGAGGGAUGUGGCCAACUGGGGGAUGUUCACUGAUGCUAUAAAAUUUGUUACGGAUCCCAAACUUUUCAAAAGGAGCAAUGCUAACUUAACUUUUGGAAAAUAAAGUUCCAUAAGAAUAAAGUGUCUUUUUUAGCCCUUUCAUUUUAUUGGAAAUUAAAUAAAUUAUUUGUUUUAGACAUUGCAAUAAAAUAGCAAUUUAUUAAUGAUAUUUCGUCCGUCGAAAGUCAAUCUUGACCAUUCUAAACAUCGGCCUGUUGUUCUGGCUGAAUAUGGCUGUGCACACUGAUUGCUGAUCAUGUCAAGUCUGCGAAUGAUAUUUUUACCUGGAUUUUCGUGUGUGUCCUACAGCAGUUGUUCUGUUAGCCUCGUGUUCAACUCAGGCCUUAUUUAUAUAAGAGUGCUAUGAGUCACAAUUCUUAGAGGAUUUUUCCCAGAUGCCAGUCUCAAUGUGCUUUCAAGUAUACUUUCUGUAUUUAAACGUUUCUUCUCUCGCCCAGUAAACAGCAUGUCUUCACUAAAAACUAAUUUUUAAUGGAAGCAGUCGUCUUAUAUUAUCGCAAUAUGCGCGCCCAGCGAAAAUAAGCCUGCAUUAAUAAGGUGUGUAUAGUGGGAAGACCUGCUUUUGCGAGUACCUCAGUGUCUGACAUCUUUUCUUGCCUGUUAAUGUUAGGGAUUUUUCGAAGGCUCAUAGUGUGAAAGUGGUAGAGAUUCAUUGAAUUGUAUUGAUAGAUUGCUUAAGAUUCGCAUGUAUGUAGUGCUUUGGGAGCAGGUAUACAAGGUACUUUUGUGUGUUUGUGCUGAUGCCUCUACUUGUUCAAACAUUCUUUGAAAUUUGAAAGUUUGACAUCAAUGGUUAUAGUUUUGAAAGUGUGCUACCGAAGUAAGAAAAGCCGUUUAUAUAUUUAAUCCUUAAGCCAUUGACUUGAUUUUUUGGCUUGUUUUACGGUUUUCGUUGAGCAUGUUGGUACAUGGCAUUGAUCUUUUUUUAUUUUAAUGGUUAGACCCAAGUCUGUACAGUCACCUAGAAGUUUGCAUCCAUGCGUUAAAGAUCAGUCUCUGAUUAAAUGCUAAAGACACAGUCAUCGGCGAAAAGAAAGUGUCUUAUGGUGUCUGUGCGAACUUUGGAUUGAGCCUUUAGUCUCCUGAGUUUCAAGCCAUUAAAAAUAGUUUCGUAACCGAUGCCGAUUCCAAUGGCUCACUCGCUGAAAGCAUUAUAAAGCAUGCUAGAAAACAUGAUGCUGAAAAAUGUUGGAGCCUGGAUGCAACAUAGUUUGACACCAUUAGACACUUUGAAUGGUUGAGACAUCUCUCCGCUGUAACCGAUCCUAGCCUGCAUACUAUCGUGGAGUUGCCGCACGAUUGAAAUUUAGUUUUUGGGCAUUACAUUUGCCAAUAAUUUUUCAGAGACCUUCCCUGCAGACAGUCUUGAGCCUUAGUUAAGUCUGCUACGUUCAUAAAGAAAUCAAUUUUUAUUCCUGAUAUUUUUCCUGCAGCUCCCUGGAUGCGAGCAUCAUGUCAAGAGAUUUGAGCUCCAUGCUAAAAAUGCAUUGACUUUCUGGCUGUUGAUGCUUCCAAGAUGUACAUUUAUAGGUUUAAAAGGAUUUUAGUUGGGGUCUUGCCAACAAUGGAUAACGAAGAUAUGCCAUGGUAUUUUUUUAUAGGAUUGAACAGGGUUCUCUUACGUUUGUACAAGUAAACAAUAGUUGCGUGCUUAAAAUUAAAUAGUAUCUUCACUAGCUUUCAUACAAGUAAGUAUAGCCUCUAAAAUGCCUUUUAGUCAGCGCUGUGCCAAUAUCUUUGUAAAUUUCAUCUGGGAAUCAAAUCAUCACUUUGAGAUUUGCCACUUGAGAAAAGGCAUACAGCUUGUUGGGUCUCCAUUUCUUGGUUGUGGGGCACCAUGCGGUCAAUGUAUGGCUUGGUCCUUGAUAGAUCUAGGUCGAUUUGUGAUGCUCUAAAAUUGCGUUUUAGAUUAUGUUGUCCUUUAAAGUAAGCAGAAUUUGCUCAUCAGCCCUUUAAAUGGGGGAUGAUGCUGAUGAGUUUGAACCUUUGAUCUUGUUAGCCCUGUCAAACAGCCAUUUAUCCACCAUGUGACACAUUUUGGCUCCUCUGUACUUCGUAUGUUGCUGUAUGCAUCUCUCUGGGAACUGAAUUCUGCCUCUUAAGGUAUGUUUGUUGAAGACGAUUUUUUUACUCUAGCAAAUGAUUGAUUACCACAUAAAUAACAUUUAAAAAAGUCCUGAUUUUUUAUUUACUUUUUGGAGCUUGGUUACAGAGCGGUUUUACACAACACUGCUUUGAGUUAUUCCCAAUCCGAUGUGAUUGUCUGAUUAUCUGUGGAUUUGAAUGUUCUUCCAGGUCAUACACUAAUGUACUUUUGAUAGCCUGAUUCUUCAAAUAUAUCGUCUCAAUAUGUUGAGGCACUUCUUCCCCUAUGAUCGUCUUCUGGGUUAUAAGUAAAGGUUCAACUUGGUGAACUUGGUUCAACAUAGGACGAUGUUACAUACAGACUUAGUUACAAUACAAGCAUGUCCUAACAGUCCUUUUCCUUGGGAUAACAUGGCCGAUUAGAUACAAAUGUUUUGAUUAAUGAUGCAUCCAGGAUGUUCGAAAACGCGUGGGAAGUCGAAAGAUUGUAUUAGUAAUUUCCAGUUCGUGCUCGGCGCAAAUCGGAUGCAAGAGGAGACCAUACUGUGCAAUGGCCCAUUCGAUGCCUUCCUUGUACCCUAUCCCAAUCGGUGUUAUCACGGCUCACUGGAGCACUGAAGUCAACAAUAAUUAUGAGCUUGUCCUUCUUCUGCACAUCAGCUAUGACAGAGUGGAGAUCCUAAUAGAACUUAGUAUUUUUACUCAAUUUGAAUUUGAUCAUUGUUGCAGAAUAGUGUUGAUCAUGGCAAGGUGUUUUCUUCCUAAAAAACGAUGCACUUUCAAUGUCACUGUUACGUACCGUUGUGGUUAUGUAGAUAAUUUAUUUUACUUGUCUCUAGUUAGUUACAAUACGUAACAAAAGACUGAUCGAACAGUAUUCAAAGAAAAAGCGAUACCGAAAGUAGAGAUGUUAAAAUUGUAUUUUAUUAUAAAGUUUUAUACAAUUACAAUUUUUAUUACAGAUGCGAAUCUUGUAUCCACUCACAGCAAUAAGAAAUAAAUGUACAGUCAUCAGAAAAGAAAUAUUAAUUUAUACAAACAAAACUAAAAACGUCUAAAUAAGGCUAAUCAAGUCUAUCCCUAAGUAUGUCUCAUUAAAUCUAAGCCUCCGUAAGUCUAUCUGCUAAGAAACCUGGCAGGACUUGUAUAGUUAUUAAAUCAAAGCGUUCUAGUACAGACAAUCUAGAAAUUUCGUCACCCACUGAUAUACUUCUGGACAAAUUGGAACACAAUUGAACGUAAAUAAGCCUUCUUGCCAACUAGAACGGUGGCGGGCAUGCGAGAACAAACACGUUCAAUCCGUGACAUACAUUUAAAGGUCACGAAAAGCCUAUGUGGUGGGAAUAAAAAAAAAUAACCACGGGUAGUUAAAAAAUAAGCAGAGCACUACGACAAACUAUUGGAUAAAUAGUCACUAUCCUUUUUUGUUUACUCCCUUCGGAAGUUUAGCUAGCAAAGUAAUCAGUUUAGAUAUGAUAGCAAAAUCUACACCAACCUCACGACGUUCUUCGCUUCCUCACCCACUUCAAAAGAAUUUAUAUCCAGAGCCGCACUUACAGAGUUCGCCCUUCCAUGUUCACCAGUCUUGCAGAGGGCAGCAAAAUUUAUCUUGUACCAGGCUAGUUCAUUUCCUGUUAAGGACUUUCCUUUUCUGCGGUGUAUCCAUAUUCUCCUUGUCCUAAAAUGUGCCCGAAUUCCAAGGAACUAUUUUCAAUGGAAAAGAUUUGAAAUUUUGUAGAUUUUAUAGAUUUGAAAUUGAAUUUCGACAGCAUACAUGGGGUUCCCACAAACUUCAGUAGGCUCGAUAUAGAUGUGUGAAGCAGACAACUUUUACGGCACUAAUUCUAGCACCCCCUACAUAACUCUAGAACUCUAUGUGCUGCCGGUACUCCUACAACUCCUUUAUAAUCAUGAACCACCCCAUGGGCUGAUACGCCAAUGUGCAAAGUUUCAAAAACGGGCUUCCAAAGUAACAACCCCUGCUACUGGCACAGCGCAUCGAGUUAUUUGCUAUUAAGAAAAACUUGGAUUUAAGUUGUGUGAAUCGGCAUUCGUCCUCCCUCGUCGUCUAGCAGCAAGACAAGGUUGAGAUGGCUGGUGAUGGGAUUGGGUGCAAUGAAUGAUCAUGGCGUUCUACGUGUCCUGCCAGCUUACGUUCCCGUUGAAAAACUAGUUAUUUCGUCUCCGUGCAACCAUCCGGAUCCAUUCUUCAAUUGCUGCGGGAGACAAGACCUAGUUCGCAGAUGACUUAAAGUUAGUUCGGCUACCCUCGAUCUGGUUUAGUCGGCUACCCUCGACCUGGUUUAGUCGGCUACCCUAAGCCGUUUACGAUGAUGUUUAUACUACAGCUUCUUGGAACCACAGGCGAGAGUUGAGCGCAACAUGGCGAUCAAACAUCGAUUAGCUAACAAAAAGUAAUACAUACACUAUUGCUUUUUUGGGACCUGCAUUUAUUGUCAAAAUUAUAAUCAAUCCGCCACUACCAUCAUCGAGCAGGUUUUUCUCGGAGUUUUUCUAGAUAUAAGAAAUGUGUAUGAGAUCAUAAUUAAGCUCUAAAUAGAAUCUUGAAAGAACGUUACACAACUCAUAAUCAUUAAGGAGUGAAAUAACAUUGAAUUCCGAACCACAAUAACAUCAAAAAUCAAGUUAUAGAAAAUGCAACGAUACUUAAAUUUAUGUCAACCCGUGUAAUAUCAGUAUUUAUUAACAACAACAACAACAAAAAGAAGAAGAAUCAGAUUACUUGAGACAAAUGUCCUCAUUUGUUGGCAUAUAUCCAUUAAUAUUUCAAUGGAAACUUUUAACUGCGUGUUGCUAAGGUAGCUAUUGUUACUUAUUAUCAAGCGAGUCAAAAUGAUUUUAUUCAAUUCUUGACCUCCCACUAAUCUCAGAUGUGUCUAUCCCCCUUUUUUUGGAUCAAUAAUGCAGCGGGAAAACUAAUAUACCGGUGAACACAGAUGGUUCCGGAGCUCUUUCUUAUAAAAUUAUUGCAUGGCUGGUUUUUUUUUUUUUUAUGUCAUUUGUACCAAUUAACUGAAUAGUUUAAGGUGGUUUUUUUCACGCUUACUUAGCUCACUAAAAAUAAAUUUACAUCACAAUUACCGAAACUUUGAUCCUUUAUUUGUUUCCUGUCAGGUCAGUGUCAUGUCAGACCCAUGUGACAGUUGUGGUGCCAACGCCAAUUGUGUCAACGGAAGAUGCAAGUGUCAGACAAACUACACAGGCAACCCACAAUUCCACUGCCAUCAAGUUGGCAAUCUCUACUGCCAGUAAGUCUGCUCAUUAUACAUUAUUUUAUUUUAUUGUCCUCUCAGCAAUGUCUGGCAGACUUCACUACAUCCUUUCAUUCAGAGGGAUCCAUUGCUUUUAACAUUGAUACUCGUACACCCAUCUGAUGUAAAACUGUCGCCGAAUCACGUGUGUCUUAGAUUUCUUUUUUGAUUACUCUCUCUAAACCAAUCAGCUUUAGAUCUUGUAUUCAAGUGUCCACAGAGACUUCAACAGCAACGUUCAUGAAUAAAGCCUGCAAAACUAUCACGGGAGUCUAUUGAUCAAUGAAAAUUUCAGAGAAACUUGGACACCAAAAUUAUUAUUUAAUGCCAAUAGCUUGGUCAUUGGUGUAGUAAUAUGUCACCAAUCAGGACAUCAGCCCAAUGGGGUUGAAUAGGCGGCUGAUCCAGACUAAUUAUCAGCAGAUGGGGAAAUGACAUUUUACAGAAUGCAAACUCGACCAGGAAAUAAUCUUCUAAAGACGCAACCGAUAAACCAUUUUUUUUAAACCUAAUUGCUCCAUUCAAAUAUAGGCCUUGAAUCCCAUCAAUGCUUUGUAUGAAAAUGCAAAAAAAAAAAUUCAGAACUGUCACUUUAAUUAAUUAAUUAACUAAAUAAUCCACCGCAUUAAUACUUUACACGAUACUGAUAGUAUUACUGUAUUCGGUACAGAAGUAUAUCCAUAUUUAAUACUAUAUUAUUAUCUGUUUCGAUUCUGUACAUUUUUUAAAAAUGAUCUAAGAUUGAUUUUUCCGAUACACUAAAACAACCUUAUAUUAGACGUUGUAGCAUGCUCAUGGUAAGGGAUUUGAUGUCUUUAAAAUAUGCUCAUUAGCGUGUUACCCUUUUUUGUUGCUAAAAUUAAGUCACAGGUUUCGUACCAUAUGCUAGAUAUUUGUAGCCCCAAUGUCCGUAACUGUUGGCACAUCAAGAACAUACUGACACUAUAAAACAUCAUCAAGUAAUACCAUUCACCUGUAUCCCCAGACUCCUGAAUGACCCAUUUCUGACCACGUUCGCCAAUGCUAAGAUCCACGUCCACGUGCUGGGUGCCACCAGGUUUGCUCAAUUUGUAACCAGGCGUUCUGACACUAAUCAGUCAUGUGACUUCAAUUUGUUCGCCAUCAUGGAGAGGAUUAGGGGGAAAUUUUACCCCAGGAGCUUUGAGGUGAUUACUCUAUUGUUAUACAUUGAUAACUGUCCAAGUAGUAGGAACAUGAGAAUAUUCAAUGCCUUAUACGGUUUUGAGCACACAGGUGGAGCAAUUUAUUAAGGGGAUCCCAUUUACUCAAAUAUGACAAGGCCUCAAAUGGCGCCAUUAUGAAAUAUCCCUUUAUACUGCUUCCUAUCAGCAACCCUUUUUUUUUUCAUCAACCUGGUGACAAAUGGUAAGCUUGUCUUUUCUGGUUGUUUGACUCUUAAUAAAGAGAUCUUCAUUGGAAUAGUUUCCGUGUGUUUCCCCAGCACUGUCGGGUAUUUGAGACAAGAUAAUCUAACAUAAAUGUGGACAAGGUCGAGUUACAUAUAAUUUAAACAAAAUUAAAAUAUAGUAUACAUAUGACAUUAAUGCAGGUGAUAUUAAUACAAAAUAUAUAUAAUCAAUAAUUACAUACACAAAUGUUUAAAAAGAGCUUUUUUAAUGUGUAAUAUAUGCUUUUGGAAAUAUUUAUAGAUUUAAAUCAAUCUAAAUACUUUCUAUAAAUAGUGUUCAAAUGUUAAGGAAUCGGUAUGAUUUUGACUUGUUUUGUUCAUUUGUGUGUAUUUCCCUGCGCCAGUUCGUAUUGAAAUUUCCCAAUGUGAACGUCCCGUCAUCCACGGAAACGUUAAUUCUGAGGCUGGAGUCCAACAGGCAGACCGAUGGUCAGUGACCUAACUAUCGUUUAAAUCACCAUUCCCAUCACACACAAAUUUGCUUUGGUUGAUUUUAGUCUUUUACACGUGAUUUAAAUCUAUCGAUAGUCAGAUGUGAAUGCAGACAAUCCAUAUUCAUGAACAACAUUUAAUGACAUAAAUGAUGUCAUCGUUCAGAUGAACUAUAUUCAAUAUGGUGUUUAUAGAAUUUGUUCUAGUUGUUGUUUUUUAAUUCUUAUUUUUUUCUCCAAAUUUAUAAACAUCAUAUUCUUCCGAAUUACCUGUGUAGGUCAACUGUAAUUGUAACACUACAUAAUAUAUAUAUCACCAGUGUCACAGUUGUGACUUGAUUCCAAAUCAUUGCUAAUUAUUAAGAAAAUUCACUGCUAUGGAAGCACGAAGCACGAUAGUUUUCAUCACCAUAUACUUUAUUAAUGUAUUAUAAUUCACAAAAUCAAAUAAAUCACCAAUGCGGAAUAACAUAAUUGUCAUAUCUUAUACCCUUCAUAUAUUUUAUAAUAUACACAGAGGGAAGAUAGCUAAUCCGAUGCUGUAAGAUGUAUCCCUCAGUCCUUCAAAUCAUGCAAGAGCAAGAAUUGCUAUCCUUCCAUGUUAAAAAUUCAUCUCUGAACCUUCUCCCUGUCUCUCUGCCCAACAAAACUCAAAACUAUAUUGUAAUACUAAAAAUAACGAAACAAUCUUUUAAAGUAAUUUUUUAAAAUAAAUUUAUUAUUUUGCAUUUGACAGUUUAAUUUUUUAAAUUUUAUUUAUAUGUUUUUUGAGAAUGGGGAUUAUUUUAAAAGUCAAUCUGGUUGAUUAAAAUGUGAAUUGAAUUUCAAAAUUAUCCACAUUCGGAUGAAUCUACUCAGUCUUUAAAAUAUUCAUAGCGUUUCAACCUGAAUAUGUCCACAGGGUCCAUCGUGUGGCAGUACUUUAUUUCUGAACAAAACCCGACUGCCUUGCCGUUAGAUCAACCGAUUUCUUUCAACAAUUGUACCAUUAAGCUGACAGUGACCACGUCUCGGCUCGUUCUCGCUGAGAUCGGCUGUUGUGGAAUUCAGUUUGGAAUUCGACCUUACACGGCCGAUCCGUCGUACGUGCCAGGUAAGACUGACCACCUUGCACAGAUCUGACCCCCGGGUACAAGUGCACCGAUAUCAUGGCGAAACGGCCACCUGGUGCAGGUGGACAUAAUUAAAUUUAUAAACUAUUCGUCACGUACGGAUGGGCCGAGUUUAAUUACGAAAAAAAUUACGACCCUGUACAAGUGGAAAUAUUUUAUUUGAGACCCGACCAUCUUGUACAGGUGGGUAUUAUUUAAUUUGGAAGUGACCGUCUAUUACAGGUGGUCAUAGUUCAUGUGACAUCACAGUUGUGGAUUAAAAACAUUUACUCUUCACGCAUCAUUAAGUUCAAUGACGAGUAUCAACCAAGAAAAAAACCCGGUAAAUGUUUUUUCUCGGUUAAUGGGUAAUAUUUAUCAUUACAAGAAAAAGACACUAUACAUUUUUUUUUACAAAAGAGAUGACCAAAACCAUCUGUCUGCUGUUUAAGUUUGUUAUAUCCUACGUCAAUACUUCUAGAAAUCCAAUCAACUGAUUUGUAUUAAUUUCCUUUUUUAUAUUGAUCUUCACAAAAGUUUGGAAUUACUUCCUUUUGGCUCAACGAACUUAUAUCAUUGGGAUAGGUUAUGACAUUGGGAUAUGUUAUCACAUUGGGAUAUAUUGUCACAUUGGCAUAGAAUAUCACAUGUGAUAGAUUAUCACAUUGGCAUAGGAUAUCACAUUGGGAUAGAUUAUCACAUUGGGAUAUGUCGUCACAUUGGGAUAGAUUAUUACAUUGGGAUAGAUUAUCAGAUUGGCAAAGAUGAUCACAUUGGGAUAAAUUAUCACAUUGGCAUAGGUUGUCACAUUGGGAUAGAUUAUCACAUUGGGAUAGGUCAUCACUUGUGGAUACAUUAUCACAUUGGGAUAGAUUAUCACAUUGGUAUAGAUUAUCACAUUGGAAUAAAUUAUCACAUUGGCAUAGGGUAUCAGAUUGGGAUAGAUUAUCACAUGGGAUAGGUCAUCACAUUGGGAUAGAUUAUCACAUUGGGAUAGGUCAUCACGUUGGAAUAGGUUAUCACAUUGGCAUAGGUUAUCACAUUGGGAUAGGUCAUCACGUUGGGAUAGGUUAUCACAAUGGGAUACAUUAUCACAUUGGGAUAGGUUAUCACGUUGAGAUAGGUUAUCACAUUGGCAUAGGUUAUCACAUUGUGAUAGUUUAUCACGUUGGGAUAGAUUAUCACAUUGGCAUAGGUUAUCACAUUGGGAUAGGUUAUCACAUUGGGAUAGGUAAUCACAUUGGGAUAGGUUAUCACAUUGGGAUAGUUUAUCACAUUGGCAAAGGUUAUCACAUUGGGAUAGAUAAUCACAUUGGGAUAGGUUAUCUCAUUGGGAUAUUUUAUCACAUUAGCAUAGGUUAUCACAUUGGGAUAGAUAAUCACAUUGGGAUAGGUUAUCUCAUUGGGAUAUGUUAUCACGUUGGCAUAUGUUAUCACAUUUGGAUAGGUAAUCAUAUUAGCAUAGGUUAUCCCAUUGGGAUAGGUCAUCACGUUGGGAUAGGUUAUCACAUUGGAUAGGUUAACAUAUUGGCAUAAGUUAUCAUAUUGGGAUAAAUUAUCACAUUGGCAUAGAUUAUCACCUUAGGAUAGGUUAUCAGAUUGUGAUAGAUUAUCACUUUGGCAUAGAUUAUCACAUGUUUAAAGAUUAUCACAUUGGGAUAGGUUAUCACAUGGGAUAGAUUAUCACAUUGGGAUAGGUUUUCACAUUGGGAUAGGUUAUCACAUUGGGAUAGGUUAUCACUUUGGCAUAGGUUAUCAUAUUGGGAUAGAUUAUCACAUUGGGAUAUAUCAUCACAUUGGGAUAGGUUAUCACAUUGGGAUAGAUUAUCACAUUGGCGUAGAUUAUUACAUUGGGAUAGGUUAUCACAUUGGGAUAGGUUAUCACCUUGGCAUAGGUUAACAUUUGAAACGACCACUAUAUCUGUUUCAGGUAUCUUUGUAAAAAUCGACACGGACAGCAACCCCACAUUCAACAACUGGCAAUCGACGAAUGAGCCCCUGUGUCUUGACCAGGGGUCGUUUACCUUCGCGAACAUCCAGACCGCCCAGAGACUCCCUGACCCGGUCAAGGCGAUGACGUACCAUGCAAACAUAAACAUGGCCGGCUGGGACUACCUGAACAGUCUCUCCGAUGACCGCACUCUGUAUGUUUACCUAAGGUCGUGCAAACCUAUUGUGCGGGGUGAGCUGUUGGAUUCAGCUUGGUUGGCCUUCACGAAUGCGCCAUUCAUCAACUGCAUCAAUGGGAACACCGGAACGAACAACAAGCUGUACCGCUUCCUCAUCAAUCUGAUGAGCUACAGAUGCAAUCAUACCUAUGAGGGUUGCGAGAAAGCCAUUGCUAUGAUACUAGGCGCGUGUGACGUAGCAAAUCACCCGUUCCUCCAGGCAUACAUAGACAGGGAUUGCGAAUAGACUGACGCAUGCUAAUGAACGCACUCAAAUGAAAGAAUCACCUAAGGAACUCAACCCUUAUGAACGCACACAGAUAUGAUUUCCAAAAUUUUAUUUUAUAAUGCUGUCAUUGUUUGCUAAUGAUGACUUUAAAAUAGAAAAUUGAAGUUUUUUGUUGUUUUUUCCCGUUAUUUUUUCGUUUACCUCAUCCAUUACAUUAACAGAAAUAC